UGACCUUGCUGAGCGUCCAUGGAAACAGUGAAAACAAAUUACAAAGGAGUGAUGGAGAGGAAACAAAAACUCCACACAACGACAGUAACUUUUGUAAUUUAGCUGCAAUUGAUUUGCAAGAUGCCAAUAAGCAGCGUCCCAGUUGUUCGUCGAUUAGCCAUAAUAUCCCAAACACAUAAAGCGGAUUUACAGAAGAGACUUCUUUCAGAAAGAGAAAAAAUCCGGACAACAAAACAUUUUACGACUGUCAGAAACCCGUUUGAAAUUACCGAGCAGUUUAUCACAAAAUACAAUCUUUCCUAUGGCUCUGAUGAGCAGGAGAAGUAUGUCGAGCAGGCCAAACAACUUCUGAUCCGCAGCCAGCGCAGAGCAGGACUGAAAUGUAUGGGAGAGGAAGAAUAUGUGGAGCUUCCCUUGGCAUGGACAGAGCUCCUCUUGCUUGGUGUGUGCCUUGGGAAAAUUCAAAAUGAUUCUUUGGAUUCGUUGCUGAUGUCCCUCGAUCAUGCCCCAGUACAAGCACAACACAUCCCUUCUCUUUUCUACCUGGCCGAGUCUGUUCUAUACUGGGUCUGUUCAGACACCGCCCAGAAGCCCAGCAUCUACACCUGUGAGGUGAAGAUGCUCAAGUUAGGCUAUCUGGUCUUCUUAAGGCUAUUUCUCUUCCACAUCUCUGGAAACCUAACACAAUAUCAAAGGAGCAAAUCCCACCUUCACAGUUUUUUAAAAGCUCUCUCUCAGUGCCAGCCCAGCUAUGAACCAUACCCAAACAUCUUGUUUUACGUGGACUUCAUGUUGCAUACAGGCGAGAUCAUCUGUGCAAUUGGACAAACUGAAAAUGAUGCAGGACUGGCUCGCCCAGGCUCCCAGGAGUACACCGUGAACCAGGUGCUCUGGCAUUGUCUGCUCAGCUGGUACUGUGUGCAGAACAAUGUCAGCCAGCUCUCCCAGGUGACCCGUCACCUCGUCCAGCUCACAGACAAGCUCCACAGUGACAACUGGGUGGACUGUGCCCUGGGGCUGAUGGUGCUGGGCGAAGCAGCCAAAUCCAGCAAGUAUUGUCUCCAGAUUCUGAUGAGGCUCUACUUCAAAUCACAACCAGACGUGGCACAGCAAUCCGCUUCACCGGAGGGCAGGUCACCGAGCCCCCAGGGGAACUGGCCCUGGCAGUUGAAACACAUAUACACCACUGUGCUAGCAGACAUCUGCCUGCACAGCACCAAUGCCGAGGUACAGAAAACAGCUCUGACGGGAGAUCCCUCUCCUCGUCCCGGAUGCUGCGGCACAGAUGGGCUGCUAGCCGUCCUGAUCAGCGCUGGCAUAGACGACUGGCGUCUGCGCUACAGUGCCGUCCAGGCCCUGGCAUGCAUAUGGCGAGGACUUAGCCGGGCACCGCUCCAGGAGGGGCUGAGGAACUCAGCGUGGGUCGCCUUGCAGGGGCAGCUCACCCGGGAAACGGACCCACGGGUGCGGGACGCACCAAGGGUCCUAGAGGCUGAGAUGAAUCUCCCAGAGAACGUCUUCCUGAGUGAGGGGGGAAGAGCUCAGGCCGCGCCCCCUGCUGGGGUGGGCUCUGGGGUCUAUGGUCACAUGAUCUCCUGGAGGCUGGCCUGCGCCCUCUCCCAUGCCUGCCUGACCCCAUCCGCUUUACAGCUCCAGCCUUGCCCCAGGCCCCAAAGUAAACCUGCCCCCUUCACCUCCACCAGGCACAGACAGGAGGCUUCCUCUCAGCCCGCAACCCCAAAACCAACAGCCCCCCCUGGGGUGACCCACCAGACCUAUACCUCCACAUCCAGGGAGAGUCGACAAGACUCCAGACAAAGUAAGAAACAGAUCGACUUCAACAUGCGGACUAGUGAUGAUCUGAUGAAGGUUGUCGAGGACCAGUGGCAAAAAGAACUUCAUAUGAAAAUGGCAGAGGAGGAGGAGCUUGAAAAGGAAGAAGAGGAGAAAAAACGAGAGGAAGAGAAGGAGAGGUUCAAAGAGAUGAUGAGAAGACGGAUGGAGAAGGUGAAAAAGGAAACCAGACCAUAUGAGCUGCCUGGGGUUUACCAGUCAGAAAUGUAACCAGAGCAGUCGUACCUGACACAAGCUGUGACGUGAUUCAGCAAAGUACUCUACUGUAUUAAAAUACAGCUAUCUAUCCUCUACCAGCCAAACUGGUGUUUGUAUAUAAUUUAUAUAAAACAUUUGUAGAUUGUA